GACCGCGCUGAGAGAAUCAGCGAGGGUGAUGCAGCAACUGCACUCGCCUAUCUAGAAUCAAAGAAAAUCACAGACCCACACUUCCUCCUCCGAUACACUACUAAUGAGGAAAAAAUGAUCCAUUUUUUAUUUUGGGCUGACAUCAUUUGCAGAGCCGACAUUUCGUGUUUUGGAGAGUUGCUCGCAUUUGACACAACGUACCUAAAAAACAUUUACAAUAUGCCACUGGUAAUUUUUACAGGUACGCCAUCCUAGUAUGCCCUCUAAGUAUUAUCCUUUGCUUUGUUGUUUGAAGACACAUAAUGGCAUCUAGAAAAUAGCAACAUAAAUUGCUAAUUAAGAUACAAACUUCGAAUAACUUUUCCAAUGUGUGGGUUUUGAGCCUUCCUCUUUUACUUAUGAUUCGCUUCUUUUUUUAUUCGAGGAUUGUGGAGGCUGCUAGCUAUUUCUAAUUCCUAUCUAGCAAUAAACAACAACUACUAGUUUGUGAUUUAAUGUAAAAAUGUCUUGAACAUGGGGUUUGAAAACAUUAAACAAAAGUAACACAAGUUUCUGAUUAUAUGAACUCUACCAUUGUUUACAUAUUCCUCACAAUUUUAGCUUUUCUCUUGAUGGUCAAAAGAUUCUGAUUUUUCCGAGUUUCUGUUUGACAUUGUAGGUAUCAACCAUCACUUCAAAACUUGCUUAUUCGGGAGUGCACUGUUGCCCAAUGAGACUGACGAAACCUAUAUUUGGGUGUUGAAGAUAGUGAAGGAAAUGUUGGGGGACAUUCCGCUACGUACAGUUGUCACGGAUGGGGAUAAAGCAAUGAGGAAAGCUAUUGCUAAUGUGUUUCCAAAUGCAACACACCGGCCAUAUGCAUGACAUUUGUCCAAGAAUAUCACUGGCAGGGUGAAGAAUUGACCCGACUUUGAACCCCGAUGGAAGAUUUAGUAACUGCUGAGUACGAGCCAGAAGAAUUUGAGGAGAAAUGGAAUGCAUUGGUAGAGGAAUGCGAACUCCAGAACAACCAAUGGGUGUCGAAAAACCUAUUUGGGAGACGCAACGAAUGGGCGGACACAUACUUGCGCUCACAUUUCUUUGCUGGGUUGACAACCACAUCAAGAUGUGAAAGCAUAAAUGCGGUUGUUGCAAGGUAUGAAAAUGAGAGGUUCUGUUUGCUUGACCUUUUCACUCAAUACGACCCGUGCCUCAAGGACAUGAGAGAGACAGAGAUUAGAUUAGAUUUUGAGUCUAAUUAUGGUGUAGUUCCAAUAAAGAAUUCAAUCCUAAAUCCCCUCGAGCAAAGUGCAACAAAGCUUUUCUCAAAGGCUGCAUUUCUUUUGUUAAAAAAUGAGUUGGAGGAGGUUAAUGGAGUCAUUAAGGGUAACCAAACUGAAGAGGGGAACCUACACACCUACACUGUUACCAUGUUCAACAAAGAGAAGGUCAUAGAGGUGAAAUACAACAUUGAAACAAGCAAUAUGGAGUGCAGUUGUCAAAAGUUUAAGAGUAUUGGGAUACCCUGCGUUCAUAUGAUCUUUGUUCUCAAAGAAGAAAAAGUGAAGACUAUUCCUGAAAAACUGGUACUCAGACGUUGCUCGAAGAACCCAAAGUCCCUAAACACUCUGCCAGAACCAAGUACAUUGGGGGAUGACAGCAGUUUCAGCAUUAGGUACGAGUCACUACAGUUCAUGGCUCAACGAUUCUGCUUAUUAGGAGCAGACACUCCUCUCUCUUAUCGAAUGGCUCAAGAUGAGUUGACCACAGCGUGUAACAAGUUGGAGAUGGUAAAGAAAAUUCCCGCCGAGAGAGAAAGGUUUGUCAUACCAGACAAGUUCGAAGAUGUAUUGAACCCAAAUCAAGUGAGGUUUAAGGGUUGUAGGAAAGUAAAAGGGAAAAACAACUUAAGAAAAAAAAAGUGUGGGAACUGCGGGCUAAGGAAUGGGCAUUAUAGGAGCACUUGUACUAACCCCCCAGCCGACAUGGUAGAAUCUCAAUCUAAUGAGGAGGAUGACGACGAUGAUAUGGACAAUGAUGGGAACGAUGAUGGGGAAGACGGAGAAGAUGGAGCCGAUGAUGAUGGAGAUGAUGACCAAGGUGGUCAACCCCCAAAGGUAAUUAGCAUCUCUGAUUAUGUGUUCUUGAUAUAGUUAUUAGAGUUAAUAACCUACAGUUGUUAUUUUGUUUUUACCAGAAGCAACGAACGAGCAGGCAUAAUACUACAGGAGAGCCCAUAGGAAAAAGUCAGCCACCACAGAAGGUUAUAUAUCAUUUGUUUAUUCACUAAAUUAUCGAUUUGUUAGAAAUGGCUAUUAGCUUAAGAGUUUAUUUUCCCUCUAACAUAUCGGGGCACGUACUAGGAGCAAUACUAGUCAACAAGAGAAGGGAGCAGAGAGGUGAGCUAAGAAGCAUACAAGACAUAGUGCUGGGAGUACUAGUCGGCAUGAUGAUCGUCCAGGCGAUGAACAUCAACUAGUACUUUUCCAAUCACACUAAUGAUUUAACCAGCAAGAUUAGAUGAUUCUUUGUGUUGGAAGUUACAUCUUUAAUAUUAUUUUGGUCAGCUACAGAAACAACAAUAGACUAGAACCCGUGGUGGAAAGAACAGAAGCAUUAAGAAAAACAAAUGAAGGUC